AUGGACCACAAGCAGACAGUAGAGGAUCAGGUCAAAUUUAAUCCUGUUUACAACGGGCAGUGCUCCGAGGAUAUGUUUGGUGUACUUGUCUGGUGCAAGCCCGCGGGGGAGCCGAGGCCUUGCCAACGUCUAGGAGGGCGCGCCCAGCUCUACUCGCUAAACAUAGGCUUACGUAUCAAGACGCAGCAAGUACUACUUGGUGUCUUCGGAUUA